AUGAAUCAAUAUACCCCGUCACAGAUUAAUCGACUACAGGAGGACCCAGCUUUUAUGGAACUGAACCAAAAAAAUAGAGGGGCAACGUAUUCAUCGCCUCGAGAUUUACAUCAUAGCCAGGAAUUCACCAUGGAUCAUCAGGAUAGGCCAUUUACUCCACAAUCUGCCUUUGAUGCUGUUGAAUUGAUCGGAUUUGACUCAGAGGACACAAGUAGCGUACAUUACUCUUGCACUGCAGUCGAAGCUCCAAUAGCACAAAAGAUACCAGCGCCAUUACUUCUGGAAAUCAAUGAUAUGAGCAUACAACAAGCGUUGAUAAUAAAGGAUAUACUAUUCACCCUUUUAGGACUAGAGGGCCACUAUAUCCAAUACAGUAAGACCUACAACCGACUGUCGAUAAACUCUAGAGUCUUUGGCCCUGACUUCAAGAUUGCCAGGAAUCUAGACAUCAGUUUGAAGACAGUCACAAAGAGAAUAAUUCGCAUCGGGAAAUACUACUCUGGAUUGACUUCAUUCACACAAAUUUACAACGAUGCAGCUCAUGGGAAACUUGUGCAAGCUUUUUGUCACGCCACAGCCACAUUUUUCAAACAAUACAUCAAGAUACUCAUUGAUUUGGAGCAUGAAUUCCACCACAACUCGAAAUUCAACAUCAACACUCUUGACCAAAUUCUUUACCAGGAUGUUGCAAACAAAAUGUCACACAUGUACUCGAUUGCUAUAGCUAUCCAUGAAUUGAAUGAAGAGAGACAGAACCUACCGCGGGAGGAGUUGAUCGAUACACGCCACCGUUUGGAAACUGACAUGUACACCGAGAAAAUGAGAGUAUGUAAAGGCGGGCUUGUAUUGACGAUAAUUAGAGAUAGGAUAUCUGCGUUUAAAGGGGACGCUAUCUCAUACCAGUUCUUGACUGCACUUUAUGACGAAGUUAGUGUUGAAUACCUACUGAUGUUGAAUAAGUGGCUCACUGAAGGACGUAUUGAGGAUCCUUUUGAUGAGUUUAUGAUUAGGGUGGCUAAAAUUCCAAAAAAACUACAGUCGGUUUUCCAAAAAAAUAGCGAUUUCUAUUGGAAUGAAUUAUAUUCGAUAAAAGAAGAUGGCUUACUAGAGCAAUUUCGUGAUACCAAGAUACAGAACAAGAUAAUCAGCACAGGGAAAUACCUAACUAUGUUCAAAACCUGUACUGGUUUGCAUGAUUUUCAGUACUUGCGUGAAACUUUAGAAGGUGUGAAUAGUCUCAAUGCUCCUGACUUGAACCUCAAAAUCGAUUUAUUUGCCACUAGAGCCAACAAGAUGCUUUUGAAAGUCUUUUUUGAAGGAUACAAGUUUCCCAACUUGGUUGAAACUUUCCAAACAAUUUUCCUAUUGGAGGAUUCUUCCCGAAUUGAUUCAUUUAUGGAUUCUGCAUUUCAAGAUUUGAAGAGAAAUAAAUUCAAGAUAUCAACCCUGAAAGUUCUGAGACAGUAUAACGAGCAGUUUGGUUCGUUAUUGAAUACAGAUUGUAGCACCUCAUCAAGCAAACUCGCGGAACGGAACCAACGUUUUACAAUCACCGUUGAAAACUUUUUCAAAGCAACCGAGGAACUAAUAUCGAGGAAGGGGUCGGACACAUCGAAUUACGAUUUCAAAAAGAUGCUACAAGAGCAUAACAGUAGCGAAGAAGUACGGAAUGAAGUUGGCAAGGGUCAUAGAAGUGGUACAAAUGACAGAGUUGAUGACGCAACUUUUCUAAGUGUUGAUGUAACUGUUCCGCUCCUGUUCCCGCUCAAUUUCGUCUUGAAUAGGCAAACAUCGUACCAGUACGAGACACUAUUCAAAUUCUUAUUCAUGCUCAAGUUUGUCACCAAGCAAGUUGAAAGCAAUUGGCAUGAUAUUAAUACUUCAACGAUAUGGACAGAAAAGACGUUCCCGCCAAAGGUACAGAAAUGGAUAUUGAGAUGCAGAAUGUUGCACUCGCGUAUCCUUGCAUUUGUCACUCAUUUACAGUCGUAUGUAAUGUACGAUGUGGUUGAAAGUAACUAUGAGGAAGUUUGCAAAUUGUUGGAUGAGUAUGCCAGGCAACUAUCGUUAGCAGAGUUGGGCACAAACGUAAUUCAAAGUGAUGCAGUACUCAAUACCAAAUUACUGAGCAAAUAUGGAAUGAAUACAAUUUUUGAUGAGAGGAUCAAUUCGCGUAAGACAACAACAAUUACAACAACAGCAACAGCAACAGCAACAGCAACAGCAAGAGCUACAAAUGAGUCCUUAUCUAUCCACGAUUUGAAGGUCAAGUUGGAAACAUAUACAACAUCGAUACUUAGUGACGCGUUAUUGACACGCUCCGAGACACUACUUUGUGUGAGGGAGAUGUUUUAUUUCAUAAUUCAGUUUCAAACAUAUACUAUUCAGAUGAAGAAGAUGUUGGUAUAUAUACAUCCUGGUUUGUAUGAAACGUUCUCAAAAGAGCUCCCGGGCAAGUUUAAUAAGCCAAUGGAUGAUGAUCUGGUGCAACAACGACUUGAGUACAUGGAUGAAAGCUUUUUUCUUCGUUACCAGAAAUUUGGCGAGCUUUUAACGUAUUUCCUAUCCACUAUUAGGAAAGUUGGCGAGAGGGAAAAUAGAAAAUUACUAGAGUUGAGUGACAGGUUGGAACUGUGUUUUCCUGAGUAG